AUGUCGACGUCCGGUGACGUUGAAUCGACCUCGAGUUCGUUGCCCGGAUCGGCUGCCGGUUCUCCGAGAAGCAAGGUCAAGUUUCUUUGCAGCCAUGGAGGCAAGAUCCUUCCUCGUCCCGCAGACGGCCACCUCAAGUAUGUCGGCGGCGAGACCCGCGUCGUCUCUGUUCCUCGCACCAUUACUUUCACCGAUCUUAUGAAGAAGCUAACCAGCCUAAUCGAAGGUGCUGUGACCUUGAAAUACCAGUUAAUCACCGAGGAGCUUGAUGCGUUAGUGAGCGUAAAAUCCGACGAAGAUCUCCGCCACAUGUUUGAGGAAUACGACCGCCAAGACCUAACCGGAACACCACGGCUCCGGACUUUUCUUUUUCCGGCAAACCCAAUCAUUAUUGACAACCCGGUUGGACCAAUGGACCGCCACUCUCUUGAGCAACGGUACAUUAAUUCCAUCAAUGGUAUUAUUUUUAAUCCUAUACCGGUGUAUAAUAGUGGUUUUAGACCACCCGCUGUUAACACCAGCCAAACAAGUUUCACUAUCUCAUCUGCGUGUUCUUCCCCAAGAACACCACCAGAAGCCACCGUGGGAAACAUAGUUCCCGCGGUGGGUCCUAAUGUGACAAACCCUGAAAACACGGGUUUUCACAAAGGAGGUGCGAUGAGCCGGGCCCGUAGCUCACCUAACCUGUGUAAUUUUGGUUCCAGUUCCCAGCCCAACUAUAAGAACCAAGGCCCAAUUUCAACUCUGAACUUGGGCCUUAACAACCAGCAAUACCCUUGUUACCAACAGCAUCGCCAACCACCACCGCCGCCGCCACCCAACCACUACCAUCCACCCGUCCACCAUCCACAACAAUAUCCCAAACCACCACUAGAUCCCAGCCCACACAAGAACUCUUCUCCUGACCAUUUUAUGAGGAUGAGAUCCUCCGGGUUAGCCGAUUACUACAGGCACCAAACGGAACAAGCGCCAAAUCUGUAUGCGCGAUCAAGCAGAUCAAGUGGGCACAUGGGUUACCAAAGGGGUUCGCCUUAUGACGAGUACUAUGCGAAUAAUAAUAGGUAUGAUCGAGAGAGUCCUCCUGGCAGUGGCAGCCCGUUAGCCCGAAGCCCGCUUCAUAACAAUUAUGUUUCCAAGUGGGAUUCGAAUGGGGGACGCUGA